AUGCCACUGCAGAAUACUUGCGCAGUUGCGGACUCGGUAUAUAGCUUGUGCGUGUGCCCAGCUUCCUACCCAGCCCAGGUUCAACAAGCCUCGUUUAAUUUCUUGACUUUCUUGGUUCCGGCUCGGCGAAGCUUCAUCCACAAGAUGGCUAUCAGGACAGCAGGCGGGAACAGCGCGUUCCACAAUACCGUCAACGACUUCGCACACAUCGAAGAUCCCGCAGAACGCAGACGCCUUGCGCUCGCUGAAAUCGACAAGGCGCCCUUUGGCUGGUACCAUGUUCGCGCCAUUCUCGUGGCUGGAACUGGCUUCUUCACAGACAGCUAUGACAUCUUUUGCGUCUCUCUCUUGACCAUCAUGCUUGGCAUCGUCUACAAGCACGACAACAAGGGUGUCCUCCUUACUCCCCAAGACACCGCCAUCAAGCUCUCUACUUCGGCUGGUACUGUCCUCGGCCAGGUCGGCUUCGGCGCCCUCGCAGAUAUCGUCGGUCGCAAGAAGAUGUACGGUCUCGAGCUAAUUCUGAUCAUCGUUGCCACGCUCGCUCAGUCGCUCGUCGGCCCCGGUCCUGGCACAUCCGUUGUCGGUCUAAUCAUUUUCUGGCGUGUUUUGAUGGGUAUCGGUAUCGGCGGCGACUACCCUCUCUCUUCCAUCAUCACUUCUGAGUUUGCCACUACCAAAUGGAGAGGUGCUAUGAUGGGCGCUGUCUUCGCCAUGCAAGGUUUCGGCCAGCUCGGCGGUGCCAUCGUCAUGGUGUGCUUGACUGCUGGCUUCAAAUCCAAGCUGGACAAGGCUACCUCAUAUGCUACUUGCACUGGUGAAUGCCAGAUUGCAGUUGAUAAGAUGUGGCGCGCUUUGAUCGGUAUCGGUAUUGUCCCAGCUGUGUGCGCGCUCUACUUCCGCCUUACGAUUCCCGAAACUCCGAGGUACACCUUUGAUGUCGCUCGCGACAUCGAGAAAGCAAACGCCGACGUCAACCAAUUCGUUUCCGGCAGGAAGGGUGAAGGUGAGGUCGAUGACAUUGUUGCAGCUACCACUCGCCAAGCGUCUGUUGCUCAGCUCGAAAUCCCCAAGGCUUCUUUCUCCGACUUCUUCCGCUUCUACGGUAAACUCAGGAACGGCAAGAUUCUUUUCGGAACCGCCAUGUCGUGGCUCUUGCUUGACGUCGCCUUCUACGGUCUUGGCUUGAACUCUAGCACUGUCCUCCAGGCUAUUGGAUACGGCGGUGGUGAUACUGUAUACCACAAGCUUUACAACUUGGCCGCUGGAAACUGCAUCCUCAUCUGCGCUGGUGCGAUCCCCGGAUACUGGUUGGCUGUCGCAACCAUCGAUACCGUCGGACGCAAGAUUCUUCAGCUUGUUGGGUUCAUCAUGCUCACCAUUCUCUUCCUUAUCUGGGGAUUUGCCUACCAUCACCUCAGCGGCCAUGCCAUGCUCGCAAUUUACGUUCUUAUUCAGCUCUUCUUCAACUGGGGCCCGAACACUACAACCUUCAUUGUGCCUGGCGAGUGUUUUGUCACAAGGUACAGGUCCACAUCGCACGGUAUCUCAGCUGGAGCUGGAAAAAUUGGUUCUAUUAUUGCCCAGGGCGCCAUCUCUCCUCUCCGUACACGAGGUGCUACCGCAAAGAACGCUAACCCUUGGCUCAACCAUGUUAUGCAGAUCUUCUCUGCUUUCAUGUUUGCUGGUAUCUUUACCACUCUACUUAUCCCCGAAACUAAGAGGAAGACUCUGGAGGAUCUUUCUCAAGACUGGGAUUUAAGUGAAGAAUCCCAGUACAUGUCUGAGUCUAUUGAUGGAGCGCAUGAAGGCAAGUCAUCGCGCGAAGUCACUGCAUCGUGA